CCGCUUUGCUGGCAGUCCGGUUCUCGUCGAAGCAGCGGAAUGGUGUCGUAGGGCGUUCACGACUUUUGGCGUAGUUUCGGCUAUGCAGCGAUCGGCUCUGUUUGUAUCGUACCUACUCGAAGUGAUGUCUCUCUGAAGUGUUCGACGUGCUCGCGUCCCACAACCCCGUAAACCCGCAUCAACAUGGGCGUUCCCAAGAGAAUCGUGAUCACGGCAGUUCGCGACCGUUCUUCGGAGAAAGCAGCCACCACAAUCAUCGCACCUCGAGAUUGGCACGUGAAGUCCGAGAUGGAAGUCACCGUCGCGGAGCCCGUCGUCACCGCUGCGCCCGUGAGGAAAAGGCAGCGGCUCGACCAUCUGACGCGGGAGGAAAAGAUAAUGAGAAGGAAACUGAAGAACCGUGUGGCAGCACAGAGUGCCCGCGAUCGGAAAAAAGCAAGGAUGGAUGAACUCGAGGAGCAGGUCACUCAGCUGCAGGCAGACUGUAAGGUAGCCCUGAUGGAGGAGAACCGCCUCCUGCGUCAAAGGCUGGAAGAAUGCCAGAGGGAGAACCAGCGACUUGUUGAAAGGCUCGAGGCAAAGCCCACCAUUCAACUUCCCACACCCAUUUCCACACCCACCACCACUAGGUCUACGCAGCCGUGUUCACCACCAGAGACUAGAGCAAGCAGCGGUUCCGUUGAGUAUGCAUCACUCAUCAGUGGACCUCUGCAGCAGGACCAGGUUCCGCUGCGGGCUCUUGCUCUCUGGAUGAUGCAAUUCGGCUUCUGGCAGCUGAUGACGAGUGUGACGACCUCUUCGCCCUGCUCCAAGAGUGCAGCCAGAACCUGCUUGAAGGAGGCAUGCCCCUCACAGAGGACGUCCCUUCUCUGCCUGUUCCUGCUGCUUCUGCUCCAACGGCAGCAGCAACAACGAAGCCCAGGCAGUCGCCUGGUCGAAAACGGAGCGCCUCCUCACGUGUGGUGGGGGCCUCACCAGAAGAGCUGGACUCCAUCAAAGAACUGAUCCACUUCGACCAUGUCUACUACAAACAGGAAGAUGGCAGCAGCGCAGGCACAGCUGAUGUCGUCAUGGAAGAUGCCUCAACAACUGUAGCAGCAGUGACAGCGUUAGCUGCCCCUUCCCACACCCCAGUCUCAGUGACGGCCCCAGUGUCCCCCGCGUCAGUCAUUGAGGUUGAGGACACCGUGGUUGUCAUCGACGACUGCCCUUCCCCGGUUCCUGGAAGCCCCAAUUCGGUCCCCCUCAAUCUGGAUUUCACUUGCGCCGAGAGCAGUGACGCACAGGGCCUUCCACAAGAGGCUUUGUCAUUGUCGCCACAAGUGUUCAAGAUGGCUGCCAGUCCAUCGGCACACAGCACAGAGACCGGCUACGAGUCUGCAGUGUCUCCACUGAGCGACUGCAGCUUCCGGGAGGACAGCCUUUUUGAUGACUCUCCUCCCUGGGAGGACCCCCUGUCGGAACUGUUCCCGGCACUGGUGUGACGGAAAACCAGAGGACUAUAGUGAAAAAGACUGCACGUGCAUGGGAAAUGGGAUGGAGAAAGUGGACAGGGUGUCCUUUUUAUCUUUUUCUGUCACUAUCAGCAUGCACCCCUAAUUUAUGGACUUUCAUAGAAAGCAAAAAGCUGUACAUAGUGUAAUAUAUGCACACAAAGUUUUCUGUUGCUGGCAGUACUGUUGCUGCUGCUACUAUUUUGUUGGCGCUCUUGUAUGAUAAUUAAAGCUGGCUUGCGUAUACCUGUUUGUAAA